AUCUAUCACAAGUCUCCAAACCGAAGAUACUCCCUUGUCCAGAGCACUAAUAGGAAAGGAUCAGACCAGCAAAGCGAGGCUUCGUCAUCUUCUGCUCCGUUCAUCAAUUCUUCAAACUCAAGCCAAAAAUUUGCGAAUAUUAUUUCUGUAAUCCGGGAACAGUUUAAGGCUAUCUUUGAUAGAAUUAAGGUGUUAGACUCAGAAUGUGGAUUAAAUUUUAGAAAGGUGAUCAAGCAAGCAACAAAAGAGUCGCGUUGCAGUGCCAUAAAAUCACUGCUAGCAGAACUUACAAACGAUCAAAUGUUGGAUGAGAACAUGGAUUACGUUAUCUUGGAAAAUCUGAAAACGUUGCCGACUGAAAAAAUUAAAAAUAAGCCAAGCGAAAUAACGUUUAUUACAAAUUAUCUGGACCGCAUCAUGAGGGAAAUAUUUCAUAAUCCAGACAAACAUAUCGUUGAAUGGCCCAAUACAGGUCUUGAUGAGGAAAUCACAAGGAAGAAGCAAACAACCGGACUUUGUAGUAUCUAUUAUCCACCAGCUACAGAAAAACAGUGUUAUAUUUAUGG